AAGGAAGCCGUGCGAUGCAUCGGCUUGGACAAGCAGUCAGAGAACAGUGUCCGGCACUACGUCGGAUCGCUGAAGGUCGGCGACCAUAAAUGCGCCUUCCACCACGACAAAUUUGACGGGUCGAACUGGGCCAAGGGUCAAGUGCGCCAGUGCAUCUCGUGCUGCGAUGACAAAUGGGAGAAUGACUGCGACGGUGGAUAUGUCGGUUCGCUGAUGCCAUACGCCACUAAAGCCCUUCCAUUA